GGGGGUGGGGAAAAACAAACGAAAACAAACCAGGCAUCGAGUUGGACAGCUUUGUCUAAGAACGUCUCGCGAGGCGGAAGGGGGAAGGACCCCCGCGCUCGCGCCGAAAUUCAAGCGAGGGGAGGAAGAAACCGCCGUCGCCUCAGGUAAGACUCGCGGCUCCUCUGCUUUCCGAGGAGCCGGAAUACACAGAUUACCUCACGCCGAAUGUGUAAUAAUAAUAAUAAGUGCAACUUGAAAACGGCCGCCUCAUGUUCGCGCGCGCGCACACACACACACGGCGCGUGUGCCUGUAUCGUGUGAACUGCGGAGAGACAUCCGUGUCGGGCGACCCUCGUGACGCGCGUCUAUGAAGGGCGCUCCGGCGUGUGACAGGGUUGCGGGGUAAACCAAGUAAGGGAACGGAUCCGGGGAUUUGUCCUGCUGCGAGCAGCCCUUUCUUUUAAUUUAAUACAAAAAUAAAUAAACUAACGAGCCAAUUCUGUCCCAGAUAACUCGGUUCUGUGUCCCCCCCCCCCGGGUGUAGCGCAGGGCCCCCAAACCAAUCAAAAUCAAUACAAACCUGAGGUUCUGCCCAUACAAUAAAACCCCUGGCCACGCCCAUCCUGCCCCCCCCAAAUAAAUCCUGACUAUGCCCAUCCUGCCCCCGCCCCAAUAAAUUCUGGCUAGGCUCAUGCUGCCCCCUCCCCUAAUAACUCCUGGCUACCUUAUUCUUAUUCUUAUUGUUAUUAUUGGAUUUAUAUACUGCCCUAUUCCUGGAAGUCUCAGGGCUGCCCCCUCCCCCACAAAAUGAUAACUCCUGGCUAUACCCAUGCUGCCCCCCCCCAUAAUAACUCCUGACUACAUUAUUAGUAGUACUUAUUGACCCCAUACCUGGAAGUCUCAGGGCUGCCCCCCCCAAAUAAUAACUCCUGGCUACAUCAAUGUUGUCCCUCCAAAUAAUAAAUCCUGGCUACGCCCAUGCUCUCCCCCCCCCCCCAAAUCCUGGCUACGGUGGCAUGGCUGGUUGGCUCUCAUUUAUACACUUAAGAUAGAGAGAGCGUAUAGCAUCGCUCCGAAGGUGGGUAGCUCGGUUGGAGCGUUGUGCUGACAAUGCCAAGGUUGCAGGUUCCGUCCUUGGAUGGGACAGCUGCAUAUUCCUGCACUGGAGGGGGUUGGACUAGAUGAUCCUCAGAGUCCCUUCCAACUCUCUGAUUCUAUGGGAUGAGAACGUCUGCCUGAGAACCUAAACACCCAUGAAAUGCGGCAACAGCUCGGCACAGAAAAAUGAUUUCUCUUGAAUUGCUGCACUUGGGGCUUGAGUACACAUGGCAACGAUCCAUACGCCCCCAGUUUCCUGUGAUAGGCAGCUGUUUGAGGCAUUUCACCUCAAACCGGCUUCGGUCUGACUUGGAACCUGCGGUGCAGCCUCUGCACAGGUGACAGCUUCAUUAAAUGUUAUUGUUGUAUUUAUUAGAUUUAUAUACCACCCUUCAUAAGAUCUCAGGGCAGUUCACAGAAUAAAAUACAGGAUAAAAAUAAGUAAAUCAAAACAGCAAAACAUUAAUCCCUGAGGUGGCUCAGCUGCAAGGAAACCUGUUGGAUAAUGAGCAUCCUCUGAGGAUGUCCCUACCCCGCUCUCUAGGACAUAGAGAGCAAUGUAAAAAUGCUUUUUGAAAGGCAGGGAAACUGACCUUGCUGCAGAAAUCUCAAAUUAGUUGCAGUGUGUGUUGAUUUCUCCUGUGCAACAUUACUGUAAAGUUAAGUCCCAGUGUGAUUGCAAUGCUUGCCAUCUCAUGCUCCUCACUUGCUGCUUUGUGCCCAAUAGAUUCUUACUUUAUUUAUUUCAUAAAAUUUAUACACUGCUUGAUUGUGAAAAACCUUCAAGCGGUUUACAAAAAGGUAAAAACAAUAAAUUAAAGAAAAAUUGGAAAUAUACAGAAAGUUAAAAUACUAAAGCUGAUUAGAAUUCACUGUUACUUCAGAUUUCUAAGUGUCUGGGUAGGAUCCAGUAUGCAUGUUUGUAACUCACAGAAUUAUGACUCAAAAUACAAUUAUGAAUCAAAUGUUUUCUUUCACAGGUUAAACAGUAGGUUUGCUUGGAAUCUCUAGGGAGAGCAAUCAAAAUGUACGUAAAAUCAAUUGUGCUCGAGGGGUUUAAGUCUUACGCUCAACGGACAGAAGUGAAUGACUUUGACCCAUUGUUCAAUGCUAUUACUGGCUUAAAUGGAAGUGGCAAAUCAAACAUCCUGGACUCCAUCUGUUUCUUAUUGGGCAUUACCAAUCUAUCACAGGUGAGUAUAUGCCUUAGACAUCUACUGGCAUCAAUAUUUCCAUUCCUUGUUCUUUGGUGAGCUUAAAGUUUUUGUAACAAAUGCUAGAAUAUUACACAUUCUUCUGAUUGUUGUUGUUUAGUCAUGUCUGAUUCUUCGUGACCCCAUGGACCAGAGCACGCCAGGCACUCCUGUCUUCCACUGCUUCCCGCAGUUUGGUCAGACUCAUGUUUGUAGCUUCGAGAACACUAUCCAACCAUCUCGUCCUCUGUCGUCCCCUUCUGAUUAGAGGAAAACUAAACAAAUAAUUGCCUAUUUUACUGUGGUGGAAUGGUGAUGACUUGGCAUACACUGAGUGCAGAAUUUCAGGCAGGGAAUCUCUUCCAGCCCACUCUGGGGAUUCAACUCUUGGACCUUCUACAUGCAAAGCAGAUGCUCUGUUACUAAACUACAACCCUGCCCACUGACAGUGCAAUCUGAAGGAAAACAAAAACAGGCAGGGUAUUUGGUCCUUAACCUGUCUUUACUCCAUGUAUAACUAAACAUAGAAUUUUGUACUGCUUAUAAUUAUGACUAGCUAGGGGUACAAGUCCAUUCUGGCAGCAGCACUUACUGAAACUUGUCCUGUAUGUUUGCCUAUGAACUGUUUGAGAUAGAACCUAAAACUUAAUUCUAAUUUGCGCUUGUGGCGGUUCAGAUUGUUUGUGGAUCACUCACUUAAAACUAUACAAAUAUUGGCUGGAUUCUUCGGUAAAACUACAGCACCAAUAGACAAUUUCCAGUCACAUGUGAUUUUUUGUAUUCCAAUUCACUGUGGGAGUUAGGACAAAUACUCAUUGGAAUUAUCCAACAUGCAAUGCUAAACCAUUUUAUAGAUUUUUUUGAGCUAUAUAUAAAACUUCCCACAAAUUUCAUCAUAAGAUUGAUUUUUUAAUUUUUAAAAAAGUGUGUUUCUCUCCUCAAUCUUGUAUAAACAUUGUGAAUGAUGGCCCAAACAGUUAACUUCCAGCUAAGUGUUUUAGACACAACCCUAUAGCCUAAGCAUGCACUCUUGCUAUUAAUUGAAAAUUACUGCCCUUUUAAUGUUUUUCAGGUGCGAGCUUCUAACUUGCAAGAUCUGGUUUACAAAAAUGGCCAAGCUGGGAUUACCAAGGCUACAGUAUCAAUCACUUUUGAUAAUUUUGACAAGAAGCAGAGUCCAUUCGGGUUUGAGAUUCAUGAUGAGAUUACAGUAACAAGGCAGGUGAGCAAUAGUUAGGCUCUGUAAAGGUAUAUUCUGAAAUCCUUUGUUUAUUUGUUUUUGGCAUAUGUAGCUGCACAUGCCAAGCUGUCUAGAUGCUUGAAUACUGUAGCAUCAGACUAGAAGGAAAAUUAUGCUUUGGUACAUAAUGAACCCUUGUUUCUUCUCAAGGUGGUGAUUGGAGGCAGAAAUAAAUAUCUAAUCAAUGGUGUGAAUGCAAGUAAUGCUCGAGUACAAGAUCUCUUCUGCUCUGUUGGACUGAAUGUCAAUAAUCCUCACUUUCUUAUUAUGCAGGUAAGCAUAUAUUGUUAAAAAUAUAAUCACUUUCCUUCUUAUUGUGUUGGUUUUUUUAGCAGGCAGGAACUAGGGUGCAGUCCUAAAGCUAGAUCUGUUGGGAUAAGCAUGAUUAGGAUCCAGCAGAUCUCCAGCUGUUUUUAAAAAAUGGAAUGGGAUCUUGCAGAUUCUGAGGAAGCCCUCUCUGGGCUGCAUGUUUUAUUAUUAUUAUUGUGAUUAAUCACCUUUUACACAGUUGUCUCAAGGCAAUAUACAACAGAAACAGUAAAGGCCCCAAUUAACACAAAAAACAGCUGAUACAUUAAAGGUAGAACUAAAAUAAUGCAAAAUAGUUAUGGAAUCAACCAGGUAAUGAAUUGAUGUGUCCUCUGCCAGGGACCUCUUGGUUCAGAAUACUAUUCUUGCCUGUAACUUUGUGCAUUCCACCUCCACUUCCCUGAAAUCUGCCCAGUGUUUGCUAUUUUUAGGUCAGUGGCUCUUUGACACAAACAUUAAAAGUCUGCUAUGUAUCUUGAUGCUAAUAAGUAAUAAAAAUGAUAUCUUAAAAUUACAUGAGAUGUUACUGAUUGAUUUUCAUUCUGUAUUAGGGACGGAUUACCAAAGUUCUGAAUAUGAAGCCUCCAGAGGUAAGAAUGCUGGAGCUUUUUCAUUAGUGUUUCCUUCAUUCAUUUUGGAAUUGAUUCUUUAUUUAGCCUGAGAUUGCAAAAACAGUUUUUUGUUCUAGAUUUUGGCUAUGAUUGAAGAAGCAGCUGGCACUAGGAUGUAUGAAUGCAAGAAAAUAGCUGCCCAGAAAACCAUUGAGAAAAAAGAGGCAAAACUUAAAGAAAUUUGCACGGUACUAGAUUUUUAUAAUUUUUAUUUAUUUUGGGAAGUUUGUUUUUCAGAUAUGAACGGCUGCUAAAGUUCCUCAAGGCGUAGAUUAAGAGGAAUGAAAUGAGCUUUGACUCUGGUCCUGUCUGUCUCUUUCCUUAAUGACCAAUUUGGUUUUAUUUACUCUUUUUAAUUCAAUUUUUCAAAGUCCAUUGCAGAUGUCCCAUCCACUGAAAGUAUGGUGGGAGCAUUUGGAAAAUUCAAAAUUUUUCAUUCUGUACUUUGUUCACAGAUUUUGGAGGAAGAAAUCACACCCACCUUGCAGAAACUGAAAGAGGUAUUUCCCGUUUAAAAUGAAAAAAAUGUUUUACAUUGCAAACCAAGGCAUGUUUAAAGGUAAAGGACCCCUGACAGUUACGUCCAACCGUGAACAACUCUGGGGUUGCGGCGCUCAUCCCCCUUUACUGGCCGAGGGAGCUGGAGUUCGUAAACAGACAGUUUUUCCGGGUCAUGUGGCCAGCAUGACUAAGCCACUUCUGGCAAAACCAGAGCAGCGCACAGAAAUGCCAUUUGCCUUCCCGCCAGAACGGUACCUAUUUAUUUACUUGCAGUUUGACAUGCUUUUGAACUGCUAGGUUGGCAGAAGCUGAGACCAAACAACAGGCGUGCACCCUGUUGCGGGGAAAUGAGGCCUGGAAAUGAGGCGAUAUUGUAGACCUUUCCUUGACAUGAACUAGUUUGCAAACUGCAUCACUUUCUUACUAUUCAUAAUGGUUUUAGUGAAUGUGCUUCAUUUUUCUAGUUUUCCUCUGAAAUUCUUACAAUCUCUAUAUACAUUGCAGAAAUAUAUUCUUGAAAUCCAGUAAUUUGUAGGUUUUUUAAAAAAUAGAACUUCUGUUUAAAUAAAUAUGUUGGCCAUGUUUUCUAAUCUAAUUACGCUGUUUCAUCAUAGCUGUUAUUUCUGGUUAUGGCUUAUAUUUCUGCUUCUCCUUUCCAGGAACGAUCCUCCUACUUGGAAUACCAAAAGGUCAUGAGAGAGAUUGAACACCUGAGUCAUCUGUACGUUGCAUAUCAGUUUGUGUUGGCUGAAGAAACCAAGGCACGUGCUGGUGAUGUGCUAAAGGAAAUGGAAGGGAACAUUGUAAAAGUCCAGGAAGAGAUGGUUGAGAAUGAGAAGAAAGUGAAGGAACUUGGCGCAGAAAUAGCCGAAAUGGAAAAGAAAAGGGAUAAAGUAAGACCAACUAAACUGCUGCCGUUAUUUCUUGUAUUAAGCACAUUUUUAAAAAGCUUUUAAGAGAAUUCCAACAUGUGAAGUACAUUAUAUUGACCAUUUCCAUAUCACUUGGAAAUUACAUUUAAAGGCGUAACACUUGAUAAGAAACCUGCACUAUUUGGUUAGCUGAAUAACUCAGAUGUUGUACAUCAGAAGUAGAGCUUUUGGUAUGAGUUCCCUGAUGGCCUUUCCACUGAAGGUAUCUUAGAUAACUGGGAUUAAAGAAAUUGGAUGGUUGAAUUUGAGGCAAGAGGGUAUCAAGAUAAGAAACCUUUUUAUAGUCUUGGUGCUUACAGGAGACAUAGAAGAUAAUUUUGGAAGUUGAAGCUGACAAUUUCUUCAGCGAAUCCUGUCCUAAAGCAUGAUGCUGUGAACACUGUUUGGCUAUAAAUGGAACCAUUUGUAUACAGUAAAGUAUGCACUUGUUUAUAGCAGAGUUGGUACAGAGAUAUUCACCAAGCAAAGCUGUUAGUGUCAAAUAAUACAUUUUUUAAAAAUGCAUCUCUUAGCGGGGUGGAAAUUUGAUGGCCCUCUAAGAAUAAAAGUUGCUGACACAGCCUAUUACUUUCCCAUUCCUUUCUACUUUCUGACAUUAUAUCUACUAUCCAUACCAGAUGAACUUUCUAAAAAGAGAUUGCAGUGGAAAUGCGGAAGAAUUGUAAUCAAGGAGAGGAGGUGUAGGUGGCCUUGUGCAAUUAACCCUUCAUUUAAUGCUGACUUAAGUGCUUGCAGAAACACUCCUAUUCUUGGAGAUGGCCCAGCUGUGGGUUGAUUGCUGGCCUGGAUCAUGGGAUUCCCAGACCCAGGUGAAGGUAGUUAUAUAAUCAUGUCAGGUACAGGUAGCUGAGUUAUUAAGUGUCUCCUGCAUGGAGCAGAAAAAACCAUAGAGCUUGAGCUAGGAAGGGGGAGCUUUGAAGCAGACCUACACUGUUGCAGGUCUUGCAUCACUGUCUGGACCGAGAUCCAGUGUUAGAAACUCAGAUAUACAGUGGUACCUCAGGUUACAUACGCUUCAGGUUACAGACUCCGCUAACCCAGAAAUAGUGCUUCAGGUUAAGAACUUUGCUUCAGGAUGAGAACAGAAAUUGUGCGGCGGCAGCAGGAGGCCCCAUUAGCUAAAGUGUUGCUUCAGGUUAAGAACAGUUUCAGGUUAAGAACGGACCUCUGGAACAAAUUAAGUACUUAACCCGAGGUACCACUGUAUAAGCUAAUCACCAAAGGGUACCUUAAACCUAGGUUAUGGUUACCACAGGGGAAUGUCUAGGUACACCUUUUUUUUUUUUCUGUGAAAAUUAUUUUUCAUUUCAUUUUUAUACCACAUAUUUUAAAGAAAAAAAAUUUCAAAGCGGUUUACAACACAUUAAAACAUCAAAUAAAACAAUCCAGAAUACAACAAAUUCAAGCUUCAAGGAAAAUAAUUCAGAUCCUUCUCUAAAUGACAUUUUGCUUUCCCCAUAUUUAUUUACCUACUCUAUUACCGCUGGGGCUCCCUAUAGCAGGAAGUGGGGAUUCUGUCAUCUGGUAUUUUGCCUGGUAAAAAGCAAGGAGUUAUUGGUUGUUUGAUUAGUAUUCUAUGUUAAGGCUUGAUUAUUGUUUGCUUUUCUAUCGUGCAAAGGAGGAAUUGUUUAAUCAUUGGAGGAGUUCUGUACCCUUGUGUGCGUGUGAAGCCAUUUUGCUUCAUAAAAUUCAGCCUUUCUCCGCUGGUGGUCUGCAUUUGCUUCAGAGAUCCUUAACAAAGAACCAUUUUGCCUCUUCUCAGCAUACUUGCAAAUACACAAAACACAUAAGUUAACGAUUGAUACUUUAAAAUAUUUGCAGGAAUUUAGUGGUGUUCUCCAUUCACUAGAAGAAGCUCUUGCAGAAGUUCAGAGAACAGAUACUAAAGUGCAAAGCACGCUUGACAUCAAAAAGCAAAACUUGCAAAGUGAAGAAGAAAAGCGUAAAGGGCUGGUUAAAUGCAUGGAAGAGGUAAGCAAAGAACACUUUGUUAAAUUAUACACUCUUGUCUUCUCCUUCCCCUUACAUUCUCAUGUGCACCCCCAAUCUGUUUACUCUCGUACAUUUUGGUAAUAUGCAUUAUGUACUUCUACAAGUACUUGUGUCAUAGAAAUAUAUCUUAACAUUUAUAAAGGUAACAUAAGGGAGUUGGGACUGCUUCAUGAUUGCAGAUAUUGUGUCCCACAGAGGCAGGGCACUAGGCUGGGAAUCAAACAGUGCAAUCCUGCACAUGUUCAGUUGUAUUUGUUUCCUUAAAAGGCUGUUGCCCUGUGAACAAUUACAAUUCCCCAUUGAAACCAGUAGGACUUAUGCACGGGUACUUUGAAGAUGGGGGUCAGGGUCUUGUCAAUCACAAAUUCUGCCUUGGUGCCCUACCAAAAUUUGUGGACGAAUUGUGCAGUUCUUUGGAUCCAGGCCAUGUAAGAUUAAAUGUGACUGAUGUAGAUUUGGUAGGGUAAGUGCCUUUAAAAAAAAAAAAGUUUGAUGAACUUUUUCUGGUCAAUUGCAUCUAAUUUUUGUGGGCUUCUGUGUGCUUACAAUUUGUAUACAAUUUUACAUUUUCUUGUAGGACUCUAAAGCUUUAGUCUCGAAGGAAAAAGAGGUAAAUAAGAUUACAGGUGCACUGAGUGCUCUACAGGAGGCAAAUAAUAAAGAGAUGGAGGCUUUGACUGCAGCCCAGCAGCACUUCAAUGCUGUAUCAGCUGGUCUGUCCAGCAAUGAAGAUGGGGAAGAUGCUACUUUUGCUGGACAGAUAAUGGCUUGCAAAAACGAUAUGAGCAAAGCAGAAACAGAAGCAAAACGAGUAAGAAUCUGUCUUUGCAUCUUUUGGAGAGGGUGGGAAUCCUUAGCCCAGGCUUCCUCAACCUCAGCCCUCUAGAUGUUUUUGGUCUACAACUCCCAUGAUCCCUGACUAGCAGGACCAGUGGUCAGGGAUGAUGGGAAUUGUAAUCUCCAAACAUGGAGGGCCCAGGUUGAGGAAACCUGCCUUAGCCUUUAAAAUGACAAAUAGAUUGUGUUAUGAAUGUAUGUAUGUAGGAUUGCAACUUAGGAGGGCAGUGACUUCCUAUGAAGGCAAAAGCAACAAUAAACAAGCAUCCUGCAUUCACCUCUGCUAGUGACAGAGGUGACUUUUUCUUAAAAGCCAAUUCCUACUUCGAGCACUUUUCUAAUCCAACUCAUUUUGGAAAAUACUAUUCUGGAGUGCAGAUGCUAAAUAAUUUGAGUAGAUGUAGAUGUAUGGCAGAUAGAAAAGCAAAAGUACCUCUUUUAUUUUUCUUUUAUCUUACUGCCUUUUAGCAUUUUUCAAUUCUUGAUAGCUGUUUAUCAAUAUUACUCAUAUGUAGGGUUAAAUAUUGGAAGAUUUAUAUUAGGGAUAAAUGAGGAUGUGUAUUGGAAGGUGAUGGACAGAAGAUAAAGGGGCCUAUUUAAGAGACAGGGUGGAAGGCUAAGAAAGGGUGAUGCUCUCCUAGGUAAGAGCUAGGAUAAAAUAAAACCGUGAUAGAGGCCUAGACAGAUAGAUAGAUAGAUAGAUAGAUAGAUAGAUUGUAUGAUAUGUUGAAAAGUUAACAAAAUUGAAAGAGAGGAAAAUACCUUUCUCCCUUUUGGAAAACAGUGCAAACUAAACAGCUCCUGAAAAGAAGUAGAAGCAUGUGAACAUAGGGGGCAGAAAUCAAACUUCUGCAUAUGCUGUAAUAUGAUAGUGAAGUUAAAUGUUACAAAUAUUUCAUAUCCUACUGUGGAGAAAGUCUCCUUAUCAGGCAAAAUAUAUUGUCUUAUCCCUAUUCUUCACUCUGGGCCUGCCAUCACAUUUUUUGUUAAAGCAAUGUAAUGGAACAAUAAUCUGCUUUUUUAAGCAGAUUAUAAUCAAUCACUUUAUUUGCCUGCCACCUAAACACUCCAGCCCAAUCAUGCAUAUGUCUUGGCCAUAAGCUUCACUGAUGCUUCUGAGUAAAGCUUGUGUACAUUUGCAGCCUAUAUUUAGUGGUUCUAGUGUAAAAAGCCUGACUAAUAACUUCAUGUUCAUGGCAAGGCGAGAGAAUGCUUCCAUAUAAGCAAGGUUCCUAGACUUUUGAAUUUUCCUUGCAGGCUCAGAUGAAGCUGAAACAUGCUCAACAAGAACUAAAGACCAAACAAGCUGAAGUGAAAAAAAUGGAUGCUGGCUACAAGAAAGAUCAAGACACCUUUGAAGCUGUCAAAAGGCAGAAAGAGAAACUAGAAAAUGAAAUGAAGAAACUCAACUAUGAAGGUUAGCUUAGGACUAGGUGAUUGAAUGGCGAAAACGGUUGGGAGUAGAAGGAAUGAGGAAACAAUUUAUGGAGGUGUGAAUCUAGAAGUUAAUGUCUGGAUACUACUGAGAAAGGAGGUAGCACAGAAUUGCUUGUGAAAUUCAUCGAGGUUUUUGCUUGUCAUGCACAGGUGUGUAUUUAAGAAACUGCUAUCCAGCAGACUUUUGGUGAACUGCCAAAGUUGGACAAGAUGUGAGCCAGACAUAGAAGAGUGCAGGCAUGCUAAUGUUCAUGCAUAUGCGUUAGCACAUGCUAACAUGUGCCAUGAGUUUAAAAUGCAGUCACAUGGGACAUGGGCCACCUACGUCUUGUGCCUAUGUUUAAAAUCCCCCCUAGUAAUUUGUGGCACCUAAAUCAAUGCUCCUACCAGUUUCACACAUUUUGGGUGUUGUAUUAUUUUAGAUAUGGGCUGUGCAUUUCCUCCUAAACAGCUUCAUUUUGAAGUUAUGUAAACUGGGUUCUUUUAUUAUUAUUAUUAUUUCUUGGUGGUUCUAGAGAAAAAAGAAGAGACCCUCUUGGAAAAACAAAGGGAGUUGUCCCGUGUGGUUAACCGCUUGAGAGAGUCCUAUGAAAAGUUAAUGAGCAAGUUCCCCAACCUACGCUUUGAGUACAGGUAAAACUACAGACUCAUCUGUUCCAUUAAAAUGUCCUAUUUUCAAACAUGGAAGCUGAGAAAAAAUAUUCUGAUUUUGGAUAGAAUUGCAGUGCUUCAGUCUGGAAGCUAUUAAUUAGUCAAGAACAUUAUUUAUAUACUUUAAGUAGCACAUUUGUUGCAUUAUGCCUUUCCCCCUUUUUCCUUUUGUUUUUUUUUUAUCUGAAUUUUUAAUAAAAGCUUUCAACAUACCAUAAAAAUUAACUAAUCUAAAUAAAGAUAGAAAAGAAAAGAAACAAAACAGAAGAGACGGGGCGGGGGGAGAGACCAAGGAAGGUCUCUAUCAGCAGUCAGUCUUAAUCCUUACCACCCACAAAAGGGGGUGGAUCUUCCCAGCUCUCACCUGGGAGCUUCCAUUUCUUCUUCUAGCCUCCCACCCUGGGAGUUCUUCCCUUCCCUGCCUCUCCCACAGGGUCCUUCAUCAGUCAUUCAUCACCUUCCUCCUCAACCCAACAUAGAGGACAUCAAAGAACAAAAUAUAACCUAAACAAACAAAAAUGGACAAAAGCUAAAGAUCAUUAAAAGAUCAUAAAAAAGAGAUAAACGAAAGAAGUGGAAAGGACUUCCAAUGCUCCAUCUGCCCAUUAUGUAUAUUAGGGUUAUUCAAUAUAUUUAAAAUUGGCUAGUGUUAAUAGGCAAUUAGAUCACCUCGGGUGUAAUGAGUUCCAAUCUCAAAAAGAAUUAAAAGAAGGUAGGUUUUGCUGACCUGAUGUCUUAAGGACUAUUAUGCAGAGUCUCUGAGACGUUCCUCCACAUCCAAUAACAAUUCUUUGUCUCCAUGUGACGAAUGACUGCUUUCAGAGGUAAGUGAGGUUCAUGCCAAUUAAUCUCCCUAUCUUCAAAGGGAGAGUGUGAUGCCAGGAUUCGUCCUGGCUAUCGUAAAUCAUUGCAUAAUUAUCUCUGUCAGAGCAUCAAUAGCGAGUCAUCCAUUCCCCCCCCCCCCCCAGCUUUAUGUUGUUCUCAAGCAAUACAUUUGAAUUGACUGAUUAGCAGCAGCCAAAUUACGACUGAUGGUUGUUGUUCAUUUUAAGAGAUCCAGAAAAGAACUGGAACCGAGAUCAAGUGAAAGGCCUUGUUGCAUCUCUGAUUACAGUGAAAGAUAUCUCUACAGCAACAGCACUAGAAGUAGUUGCUGGGGGUCGACUCUACAACGUUGUGGUGGACACCGAGGUAUGUUUUUCUCAGUAGGAUAAAUUAAAAGAAAAUAUCCAGGCUUUUGAAAGGGGUUUUCUACACAAAAGACCCUAGAUGUGGCAGCAGGUAUACACUAGACGGCAAAGUGCUGCCAGUCCUAGCACUCAACAAUGCACCCGCAUGAGGCACCUGUUUGAAAUUGGGUCUGUCUCAUUUACAAACUUUAUGGCCUUAUUCAUAUGUUAAGACUCAGAUGCACAACUAGAGCUUGUCUAACGUGAGCUUCAUACAGUUUGAAACAUAAGCUAGGUGUGAGUUAGAAAUUAAACCUAUAAAGCUUUUCUACCUUUCAGAAGUUGUAAUUUAUUACUGCUGCAAUCUGUUAUUAACUCAGCACCAGCUAUGAGUUAAAUGGGUUAGUAUGUAAGUGUGAUUUUUUGUUUCUGCUUUCUUCUGUUAGCUUACUGGGAAAAAAUUGCUAGAAAAGGGCGAACUGAAGCGUCGCUAUACCAUUAUUCCACUGAACAAAAUUUCAGCAAGGUUUGUUGAGAAAGAAGCUAUCAGAGCGGCUAAAACCUUGGUAUGUUCUUAAAUAAUUUUACGGAAUUUUUUCCAGUAUGCUACUGGUGAAUUAUUUCACUUUAUAACACACACUACAUGCUCAUUAGUUUUCUUAUGAUAUGAUUUACACUUCUAUGUUCUGUAUACAAUGGUACCUCAGUUUUUGUACAUCUCCAUUAAUGAACAUUUUGGUUUCUGAAUGCCAUAAACCCGGAAGUAAAUGCUUCGGAUUUUGAACACGCCUCGGAAGUUGAACAUGCCACGCGACUUCCGUAUUGAGUUUUCGGUUUUCUAAUGUUUUGGAACUCAGAACAGUUUUCUGGAAAAGAUUACAUUUGAAAACCGAGGUACUACUGUUUAUACCAAAUGCUUCUUUUAUAGGCUGUGAAUUUGGGAUAGAUGAUUUUGCGGACUUCUGGACUUCUUAGGUCAGGCACGUCCGAAAUCUGUUUUGGGAUUUGGGAGCCUAAUCCGGCCUGCUGGUCGGUUUAUUUUAUUUUUUAUAAGAUAUUUAUUAAGAUUUUCAAAAUUUUACAAAAUAAAAAUAAAAAAAAGAAGAAAAUACAAAAUAAAAAUGGUUAAAAACAACUCAAUCUUUCCAUUACUUAUUUUUCAUUAGCUUGUUUCCCGGACCUACUCACGCCUCCCUUUUUGUAUUCCAGUUCGGUUUGUUGGUUCAGCAAAUCCUUACCCUCUUUGUUUAUCCUAGUCUUUAAUCUUAAAAUAUUGUAACGUUAAAUUUUUACCUAUUAAUAAUCCAUUUUUCAUAUUCCCUUAUAGUAUUACAGCUGAAAACCACUUAAUUUCUAUCCAGCAUCAUUCUAACAUUCAUUAAUUUUACAAUAUUUCUGUAGAUAGUCUUUAAAUUUCUUCCAAUCUUCUUCCACCGACUCUUCUCCCUGGUCUCGGAUUCUGCCAGUCAUUUCCGCCAGUUCCAUAUAGUCCAUCACCUUCAUCUGCCAUUCUUCCAGAGUGGGUAGAUCUUGUGUCUUCCAAUACUUUGCAAUGAGUAUUCUUGCUGCUGUUGUGGCAUACAUAAAAAGUUCUAUCCUUCUUUGGCACCAAUUGGCCGACUAUGCCUAGGAGAAAGGCCUCUGGUUUCUUCAAGAAGGUAUAUUUAAAUACCUUUUUCAAUUCAUUAUAGAUCAUCUCCCAGAAAGCCUUAAUCCUUGGGCACGUCCACCAAAGGUGAAAGAAUGUACCUUCAGUUUCUUUACAUUUCCAACAUUUAUUAUCGGGCAAAUGAUAGAUUUUUGCAAGCUUGACUGGGGUCAUGUACCACCUGUAUAUCAUUUUCAUAAUAUUCUCUCUUAAGGCAUUGCAUGCCGUAAACUUCAUACCUGUGGUCCAUAACUGUUCCCAGUCAGCCAUCAUUAUGUUAUGUCCAACAUCUUGUGCCCAUUUAAUCAUAGCAGAUUUCACCGUUUCAUCCUGAGUAUUCCAUUUCAACAGCAAGUUAUACAUCUUUGACACAAUCUUAGUUUUGGGUUUCUAAUUUUGAUUUUUCCACCUGGAAACCAAUUUUCUUGUCCGAAUUAUAUGCCUCCAUUAUCUGAUAAUAAUGAAGCCAAUCUCACACUUUGUUUUUCAGUUUCUCAAAACUCUGCAAUUUCAAUCUAUCUCCCUCUUGUUCCAGAAUUUCCCAAUAUUUCAGCCACUUGGCCUCCAUAUUGAGCUUUUUCUGUGCUUUUGCUUCCAUCGGUGACAACCACCUUGGGGUUUUGUUUUCCAAUAAAUCCUUAUAUCUUAUCCAGACAUUAAACAAUGCUUUCCUGACAAUAUGAUUCUUGAAUGCUUUAUGUGCUUUGACCUUAUCAUACCACAGAUAUGCAUGCCAUCCAAAUACGUUGUUAAAACCUUCUAAAUCCAAAAUGUCUGUAUUUUCAAGAAGCAGCCAUUCUUUCAACCAGCAGAAAGUUGCUGAUUCAUAGUAAAGUUUAAAGUCUGGCAGGGCAAAUCCACCUCUUUCCUUUGCAUCAGUUAAUAUCUUAAAUUUUAUUCUGGGCUUCUUGCCCUGCCAGACAAAUCUAGAAAUGUCUCUCUGCCACUUCUUGAAGCAAUCCAUUUUGUCCACAAUUUGCAAUGUUUGAAACAAAAACAACAUUCUAGGCAAUACAUUCAUUUUUAUCGCAGCAAUAUGACCCAGCAAUGAAAGCUUCAAGUUUGACCAAAUUUCUAAAUCUUUUUUCACUUCGGCCCAGCAUUUUUCAUAGUUGUCUUUAAAUAAAUUCCCAUUUUUUGCUGUCAUAUUAAUCCCCAGGUAUUUCACUUUCUUAACCACUGUCAAACCUGUCUCAUUCUGAAACCUCUGGUGGUCGGUUUAAUCUGGCCCCUGUGGCAGUUUAUUUCUUGGGGUAAAAUCCUAAAUAAAUAAAUAAAUAAAUAAAAAAUGUUCACUUCAUCAAAUCUGGCCCUCUUUGAAAAAGGUUUAGACACCCCUGUCGUAGGUGGUCUCUGUCUGAGCAGUGGGUUGGUGAGAAAUCACGGGGCAACCAUCACAAUUCAACCAAUAUAUCUGUUAUACAGUCAUUCAGACAGAAACAGCUGGGGGGGGUGAGCUUCUAGACUGGCUUCCCAGGAGAGGUGAGGUGGUGGGCAGCUCGGCACAGUGUAAAUGCAUCAAUAAGAGUUCAGGCUGCUUCUGCUGCUGCUUCUCCAUGGCACCAAUCUCCCUGCUGCCUUGUUUCCCUCCCUCCUCAUAAGCACCAAUGACCUACCUACCAGGAAGCUAGCAAAAUGAUUCUUCCCCCCAGUGACCCACUUCUGGAUUGAAUGAAUAGGGGAGAGCAAGUCAUUGAGUCUCACUGUUUCUAGUGCUAUUUGUUCUCUUUUUCUCUGCCGUGUUAAUUCUUUUUUCUUUUGGACGUUAGGUUGGUGAAGACAGUGUCCAUCUGGCCCUUAGUCUGGUGGGAUAUGAAUCUGAAAUUCAAAAGGCAAUGGAAUACGUUUUUGGAGGCACGCUGGUUUGCGAUAACAUGGACAAUGCCAAGAGAGUUACCUUUGACAAAAGGAUAAUGACAAAAACGGUCACCCUUGAUGGAGAUACCUUUGAUCCUCAAGGCACUCUGAGUGGAGGUAAUUGCUGCCUUUUAUUUCAUAUUGCACAGCUAUAACUGAUUUUUUUGUUUUCUUUUUGUUUGGCUAUACUGAAUUUGGAUUCAUUUAUUUGCUUGCUAAAGACUGCAUUUCUAGUUUUAUCCCUCUGUUAUAAUGGACAGAUUUGUUUGUACACACUGUUUACCCUGGCUUUUGAAACUUGAGAUGUAUAUUUUCUGUGACUAAAUUGUUUUAAAUGGUUUUUAAUAUUGUGCUUUAAUCGUUGUAACCUGCCCUGGGACUUGAGCGUGAAGAGCAGGUAAUAAAUAAUAUUUUUAACAAUACAUGUGGAUCACUUGAUGCAGCAUAACAAAUUUCACCCUGCAGACAGAGCAUUUGUGUCACCUGACAUUAUUCCAAAGGCAACCCUUUUCAUCCAAUUGAAUUCAUCAUAGACAGCUGUGGAGCGACUGGAUUGUGCUUGUGUAGCUUAUGUAUUCAUUGGUCUUCAUUCAAGCAGCUGUUUACGACUUUCUUCUUUCAUGAACCAGGCGCACGACCACAAUCUGCUUCGGUUUUGUCCAAGCUUCAAGAAGUAAAAGAUGUGCAACAGGAAUUGAAAGCAAUGGAGGCUGAAUUGCAGUCAAUAGGAAAGGAAUUAGAAAGUCUGCAGGGGACUGCUGAAAAGUAUGUAUUGUCAGUACUUACCUUUGUAUAGAAACCUGAAGAAGUUUGCCUCACUUAAAGCAGUAUGAAUGUUUUAUAAUGCUGUAUUUCACGGGAAGAAUUGGGUCUUUUCCCCUAGAUAAAAAUCUGUGAAUAAAAAACGAUGUAUAGAAGCUUAAACUUCUACAGAUAGUUGGUACAAGCUGGCUUGUAGUAAUGCUACUUCCGUACCAAUUAAAGAGCACAGUUGACUAAUUUUGUGUGACAUCUGUACUACAGAAAUAUUACAAUUAUCACAAAACAUUUGUUAUGCUUGUUAUAUGAUAAAAUGAGAGGGACAGGAAUGUGUACACUACCUUGAGUUCCUUGGAGGAAAAGACAAGAUGCAAAUGCAGUUAAAUACAAAAUCAUUAGAAAGUAUUGAUACUAUCCAGUUCAAUUGCUUUUAAAGAUACUUGUAUAUAAAAUACUUGGGGACGCAGGUGGCUCUGUGGUCUAAACCACAGAGCCUAGGGCUUGCUGAUCAGAAGGUUGGUGGUUCGAAUCCCCACGACGGGGUGAGCUCCCAUUGCUCGGUCCCUGCUCCUGCCCACCUAGCAGUUCAAAAGCACAUCAAAGUGCAAGUAGAUAAAUAGGUAUUGCAAGGAGGUAAACGGCGUUUCCAUGCACUGCUCUGGUUCGCCAGAAGCGGCGUAGUCAUGCUGGCCACAUGACCCAGAAGCUGUCUGAGGGCAAACGCUGGCUCCCUUGGCCUAUAGAGCGAGAUGAGUGCGCAACCCCAGAGUCGUCCGCGACUGGACCUAACGGUCAGGGGUACCUUUACCUUUUAUAUAAAGGUUUUAUAUAAAUAUAAAAUACUUGAGUGAAGCACUGGUUGUUGUUUGUAAAAUGUUUAAUUUUUUUAAGAUAUCGUCAGCUGAAGCAGCAAUGGGAGAUCAAAUCUGAAGAAGCAGAACUAUUGCAAACCAAGUUGCAGCAAAGUUCCUAUUACAAACAGCAGGAAGAAUUGAAUACAUUGAAAAAUACAAUUGGUGAGAAGAAAACAGUGAUAGCGUAUUUUAACUGGCUGUAUGUACUUUGGGUUAGAGUCUGCGAGCCGGUUGCUUAGCAAGGGAAAUGACUUUUUAAAAAUAAUAAUCGUUUUAAAAGGUAAAUUAAGUCAAUGUGAUAAUUUGGUAAUUUUUUGUAUUUCUUGCCAGUGGUUAAUGUUUAUCUUUCUCCAAAGGAGAAUUAGCCUCUUUAAUCUCCAGUAGCUUUCUGCAAAGUGCAUUCUACAUUGAGUCACUGGUUCUUGACAUCUGUGGUAGCCAGGCAAAUCAUUCAGAUCAGAUCCCAGCCUCACAAAGUGGCACAGGACUGGUAUUGCUUCGGCGAGAGCUUGGCUGGCGUGAUGGGCUCCGUUCACCCUCCAUCCCCCCUCCAUGGUGUGUGCACAUACCUGCCCCAGGUGCCAGAAAACCAUACUACACCACUGGCUGAGCCUUUGUCUUUAUCAGUAGGCAUUACAAGGCUGUCAUAUUACUUUAAAGAUGACAGCAUUUUUAACUUUGAAAAUACAUCAUGCUUUUACAAAGGGAACAUUUCAUUUUCUCUCGAAGUUUCCUUGGGGGAGGGGGGAUUUUUUGCUUCGAACAGAAUUGCUGUAGAAUCUUUCUGCCCAGAAGUUUGUGAUCAGCAGCCUCUUCCUUUUCAGAGGAAAGUGAGGAGACUUUAAAGAAAACAAAAGAGGUUCAGAAAAAAGCAGAGGAAAAGCUCAAAGUGCUGGAAAACAAAAUGAAAAAUGCCGAAGCAGAAAGGGAGAAAGAGUUGAAAAAUGCCCAGCAGAAGCUUGAUGGAGCCAAAAAAAAAGCUGAUGCUUCCAGCAAAAAGAUGAAAGAAAAAGAGCAGGUAAAACUUUUAACAACUGUGUAAUGGUGCCCAAACAUUUAAAUAGUCUUGAAAUUAACUAAAACUUGUGAUUGUUCCUAAACUAAAUAACUUUGUGGGGGAGGCACUUAGGUGGUCCUUAGAAGACAGUUGGAUGUGGGAAAGCUUUCUACCGUCAGGAGAACCUUGGAAAACAUUUGCCCAACCCACCUUGAGAGUCUAGUGUGCAUAAUUUCAUUAGAUUAAUACCAAGCAAGUGCUAUCCGUGUAGCACAGAUAAUAUGAAUGCUUUGGCAGGAGCAAAUCCCACUGCGUUCAGUGGGGCUUGCUCCCAAAGAACUGCAGCCUUAAGGGGUGUUGUUGUUCUUUUGUUUGCUUGCUUUGUUCAGGAAGCUGAAGCUCUAGCACUGGAACUUGAAGAGCUAAAACGGGAACAAAACUCUUAUACGCAACAGAUUGAGGCGGUGAAUGAAGCUAUAAAAUUGUUCCAAGAGCAGAUUGAGGUCAUUUCAGCCGAGGUAGCAAAAAACAAGGUAAGUCUUAUCAUUCUGAUUUAAUGAAAGAAGCAACCUGACAUGUCUUCUUGAACUCUCAAGCUUUAAGAAAAGAGGGGCUGAUGAGUCAAUACUCCAGAGUAUCCUAAAAUACUAUGCUGGCAAGUCCCAUUUUUGUGCUUGCCAAGUCCCUCUGUUGGCAUUCCGUUUUGUCUCUUGAAUCACAUCUUGAGGGUGGGGACUUGCCCGGCAAGGGAGACUAGCUUUGCCUGUAAGGUGCCAGUUGAUGAUCCACAUUCAAGAUUCUUUAAAUCUUGAGUGCUUUUUUGUUUUGAGUUUUAAUACGUUAAAACGUACUACUUUAAGUAUUUCCAUUCCACAUUUAAUUUUAAUCAGUGUGGAGAGAUAAUUGUCUCCUUUGCUGUUCAGGAAUCCGUAAAGAACGCUCAAGAGGAACUGGCUAAGCAGAAAGCAGUGGUGAUGGCCCAGGAUAAAGAAAUCAAAGCCAAAUCUACAGAGGUUGUGAAAUAUAAAGAACAAAAUAACAAGGCGCAGCUUAAGAUCAAGGAGCUGGAACACAAUGUCAGCAAACACAAGGAGGAGGCUUCUGAUGCUUCUGCAAAGGUAUGUUAACAUAUCUACUUCCUCACCAGUGAGUAAGAUCCCUACUUCUGAUACUUUUAACUGUGUUUGAAUUUAAAAUAUGCAUAUUGUGGGCAGAGAUGAAUUCUAUGGGAUGUAAUGACUGCUGAGUGCAUUGCUUGUUCAUCUCCCAUUACCAUUGUUUGGCUUCCUUUAUCUAUGUGGCUGCAAAAACAUUGUGAUCCUACUAGCAAAUGCAAGAUUAAUAUCCCAAACAGAAGCUUCCCUAACAGAUUUCCUCCUCUCAUUGCAAGAUAAAUUUUCAUACCAAAGAUGAAACACAAUAUCAACGCUGAACCCAAUAAGUUUUCUACCUGAAGUUUUUGAGGCUUCCCACAUCACAGUUUGGAAUUGCUGUGCUAAGAGUUAUAGAAACCUUUGGGGGGGGGUAGAUGAAUAUUACUCUAUAAAAGUUCUAAACUGUUUUUGUUUGUUUGUUUGUUUGUUUGUUUUGUUUUUAACAGGUUGCCAAAAUGCUGAAUGACUAUGAAUGGAUAGCUUCAGAGAAAAACCUUUUUGGCCAACCAAACACAGCUUACGAUUUCAAAACUAACAAUCCAAAAGAAGCUGGCCAGAGACUUCAGAAAUUGCAGGAAAAGAAAGAGAAGUUGGGCAGGAAUGUCAACAUGAGAGCUAUGAACAUGCUUACAGAGGCAGAAGAAAGAGUUAAGUCGCUUCCACUCCACUCUUUCCCCCUGCCACCUCCCAGUUACUGUGCACACAGCCGUACCAUAUCCUGCAUUACCCUAUCCUAAUGUGGAAGCAGCGUGUUUAGAUAGUGAACAACAAACUGGAUGGCUUUAGAUGCCUAACUAUGCAGAAAGCGGCCAAUAUCUAACUUAACAUGUCCUGUCAGCACGAUGAUUUUCAUUUGUGCAGCGCCUGCCUCACGCUCUCCCCAGAUCUGCUCCAGAGAGUUGAGAGAGCCCCUAGAGUAAAUUUAGAGGAUAUGUAGCAGAGGAGAGUGUCAAGGGCAGAGAGAGGAGUUUUCCAUUGAGCAAGCAGAAAUCCUUGUGCUGAUGGAAUGCUUUCGUUGGAUACUGCCCAAUGUUUUUCUGUGUACUUCAAGCAAAAGACCUCCAUAACAUUCUUAAAGGAGUCAUUCAGGCUUCCUGUUAAUGAGCUAUAAUUAUUAGCAGGUUUGUACCCAGCUGCCUAAAGCAUUCAGGUGCCUGGUGCCAGAAUGGCCAGCCCAUAUGAUACGGAAAAAUGCAGCCAAUGGCAAGAGGGGCUGUGACAUCGCUGCUAAGAGAGAACUUCUGUGACAUCAGAGCAGGUCAGCCAAUGGCAGCAAAAAAGGCAGUACAGGCAAAAGAGGCUGUUACUGGUAUAUAUUAGAAGGAUUCUGCUUUUUGUUCCAAACUACCAGUGUAGUAUCAAGCUUCUGCAUCAUUGGUUCAUACUUCCACACUGCCAAAUAAAUACUGACAACUCCACAAAGCACUAAAGUCCCUGACCCUACAAGCACCUUCUUUACCUUGCUUUUGUGAAAUUGUUCAAACACACACUAAAAAUCAAAGAAAACUGCAAGUUCUACAACCUAAUCUGCCCCAUGCCAAGUCACAUGAUUUUCAAUCUUGUCUGUUUCUAGUACAAUGACUUGAUGAAGAAGAAAAGAAUUGUUGAGAAUGACAAGUCUAAAAUUCUUGCGACAAUUGUGGAGCUUGACCAAAAGAAAAAUGAAGCUUUAAAUGUUGCCUGGCAGAAGGUAGGUCUCUUUAGUUUGAUAACUCUUCUGUCCAUGGGCUCAAGAAUAAACUUAAUUUCAUGGGUCUUUUUUUAAUGGAUUAACCAAAAUCCAUUGUCCAUUUAAUUAUUACUUGAGAUGCACAAAAGUCCCAUCAAGCAAAAUGAGUGUCAAAAAAAGACCUUUGUUGCCUAUGGAAUUGCUGUGUGCUAGAAAUGGAAGCCAUGAUUCAGGUCUCAGUCUUAACUCAAAAGAACUUCUAAAAAUAUGAUGGUUGCAUUCAAUUUCCCAGGUAAACAAAGACUUUGGCUCAAUUUUCUCAACGCUUCUGCCUGGGUCCAAUGCUAUGCUGUCUCCUCCUGAAGGCCAAACUGUUCUAGAUGGUCUCGAGUUCAAAGUUGCUUUGGGGAACACCUGGAAGGAAAAUUUAACUGAAUUAAGUGGGGGCCAAAGGUUAGUGUGAUAUAUAUAUAUUUAUAAACACAAAUGUAGCACAAAAUCAAAGACAACCAUUAAAUUGCCUUCUGUCCCUUUCCCAUCCUUGUCCUAUACAGCAGGGAUAUCCAUUGUUUUUUAUGAUACAUUGUUCUGUGUAAUAGUCUGGAUACUGACCUUAUUAAGUUUCAUGAGUUCAGUGAAAAAAUGGUGAGAUGUUAAUACAGUGGACACUCGGGUUGCGAACGUGAUCCGUGUGGGAGGCAUGUUCGCAACCCGCAGCACCAUGUCUGCACACGUGCAGGUUGCGAUUCGGUGCUUCUGCACAUACGCAAAGCACAAUUUAGUGUUUUUGUGCAUGCGCGAGCACCGAAACCCGGAAGUAACCCGUUCUGGUACUUCCAGGUUUCGGCGCGUCCAUAACCCGAAAACGCGCAACCUGAAGCAUCUGUAACCUGAGGUAUGACUGUAAUAGGUGUCAGGGAACUGCCAUCAGCUCAGAGGCGAGAGGUGGAAGGGCAGUUGUGUUACAGGGAGCUUCCGAAGAUCUUGCGAAGCAGUUCUUCCUCUGGCAAGGAGGGAAGCCCCGCCUCCAGUGGGGAAGGGACGCAGAGAUCAGAAGAUGCUAGGGAGAGCCUCAACACCGAGCUUGAGCAAAGAGGAGGGGAGGCAAGUCCCCCUUUGCCAACGCCCACUCUACGCAGUAGGUUUGUGCUCAGAGAGGGGAGGAGAAGGGUGGGGGUCACACGACUGUUAUGCUUGGGAAGGUAUAAGGACCGCCCACUCCCAGAUUCUGCUAGUGACUGAGCAGACAUGGACUUGCGAUGCUCUGCAUUGUAAAUAGUUUUGUGCAGAUAAUAAAGCCUGGAAAAGACAGGUUGGAGUCUUGCCUGUUUGCUCUCGAGCAACCACAUCAGCACAUAACAAUAGGAAAUAAUAAAAGAACAAUAGGAGUUGGGUAGCUAAACUAAAAUAGCUGCUGAGAAAUCUGUCAGAAGGUUUAAAAACGCAACUGUGGGCUCGGCCUCCAUUAAGCUAAUAAAUAGUUUUAUAUGUGUGGAAAUGUCUAUAGAGGUAUAGCAAUGGGGAAAGUACAGGCCUCAGCUAUACUGUGGUCUGCAAUUUCCGAGGCUCUUUAUUCUGGUGUCUACAGUAUGGGGAAUGCAGAGUGGUGCGUGAACUUGGUUUUGGAGAAAAAUACUGGCCAGAGGAGGGAGCGAACUGACAAAUUUGACUAGCCCAAAAUGAGCUCACCUGAUUAUUAGGUUCCUUGGGAAUAUUCACUUUCUUGGGAACAGGUCCACUUUGGAAUCCUUGUGGGUGUGGCGAGGUGGUCCAAGGGCUGCUGACUCUCCUUCCUAAUUUGGAGAGACAGGGAAGAUGGGAUGCAUACUAAUGCUUACUUGCUGUUUACCAGUUAGUGCAUAACCUGCACUCAUUAAAAUUGGUCCAACUGCUCUGGCUACCGAUUAAUUUCUGAGUUCAGUUCAAAGCAAUGAUUUUGUCUAGUAAAGUAUUAUGUAGCUCAGAACCCCAAUACCUCAAGGGCUUCCUCUCCUCGUAUGAACUUGCCCAAAUCCUGCAGUCUUCAUCAGAGGCCCUUUCUCCGUGUGCUUCUCCUGAGGGAGAUACACAGGAUGGGCACGUGGAACAGACCCUUUCAGUUUUGGCCCCUUCUCUGAAAUGCUUUCCUCAAUGAAGAAUACCAAAUAUUGUCAGUUUCAGUUUUUUGACAGCAGCUUAAGGCAUUUUCACUCAGUCAGGUAUACUCUUUUGUGGCUGGCUGAUGAUAAGACUUUAUUGUGUUACUGAACGAGUAUUUUAGAUAUUACAUAUCAUAAAAUGUUUUGAAUCUUUUUGAUGUUAUUCAUUUGUAUUUUAUCUUGCUAAGUUGUUUUGAGAUUCUUUUAGUACAGUGACAAACAAAUGUAGCAAGAUUUAAACUGAAAUCUUUGGUGCGUCUAAACUGUUUAUGCACUUGAGGUUUACAUGAUGUUGUUGUUUAACUCAAAAUUUUCAAGACCUAGCUGUGUCACUUUGCAUUACUCUCAAAGACAGAAGUAUUGUGAAGUAUUUAUUAAGUACUUCUAUUCCAGAAACCUAAAAAAAAAAAGUGUCCGUUAUUGAAAAUAGGGAUACAGGUAUUCACAUAUAAAACCUGGGUGUGUCUGGUUCUCUAUUUUUGUUUUGCGUUUCAGGUCUCUUGUGGCUUUAUCUUUGAUAUUAGCCAUGCUUCUCUUCAAGCCAGCUCCAAUUUACAUCUUGGAUGAGGUAGAUGCAGCCCUUGAUCUGUCACACACCCAGAAUAUUGGACAGAUGCUUCGAACCCACUUCAGGCAUUCCCAAGUAAGAAGCUAGUAACAAUGAGUAUAAUUUUCACAGAGCAUCUUCUGAACAAAUGCUUCUGGGUCUUGGAAGGGUUCCAGUUCUCUCUCUUAUCAGGUGUACUGUACAUUUGUUCAUCUCUGUCCCAGUUGCUCGUUCUUUCUAUAACAGUAAGAGGAAUAAAUGGAGAUUCUCACAGAAUAUUAAAAACACCAUAAAUCAUCAAACAUUAAAAACUUCCCUAAACAGGGCUGCCUUCUAAAAGUUGUAUAGUUAUUUAUCUCCUUGAAAUCUGGGAAGGGUGUUCCACAGGGCAGGUGCCACCACCGAGAAGGCCCUCUGCCUGGUUCCCUGUAGCUUCACUUCUCAUAGUGAGGGAACUGCCAGGAGGUCCUCGGAGCUUGGCUUCAGUGUCCGGGCUGAACAAUAGCGCUUAGGCAGAUUUUAGCUGUUGUUCAUGAGAGGACUGCAGUUACACACUGUUGCAUUCCACCGAUAACUUCAUUUCAUAUUACAAAAGGAAGUUAACUGUUUCAAACGUAUGCUUAACAAUAUGCUUUUUCGGUUCCUAGUUCAUUGUGGUAUCGCUGAAGGAUGGUAUGUUCAACAAUGCAAAUGUGCUCUACAAGACGAAGUUUGUGGACGGCAUUUCCACUGUGGCACGGUAUACUCAGGCUCCAAAUAGCGGCACAGCCAAGAGGGGAAAAGACAAAAACGAAGCGUCAAAGAGCAGAGGCAGCCGUCUGACAACAUCUAUUCCCGUUUGAAACUAUAUGAUUAUAUUAUACAAACCUGUCUUGUACCUAGUAGUGAUGAUAUUUCAUAUUUUUGGAUGGAAUUCAAGCUACUUUUUGCAGCUGCUAAACUGCUGGCUUUGGCUCAGUUUUAUGUUUAUAUUUCUGAACUCCUAUCAUGGCAGUUCAUCAAUUUGAGGCAGCUUUAAAUGGUAGUAAAAUCUAGUAGUGCAUCAUUAUUUUUCAUUUAAAUUCAAAAAUUUGUAAAUAUUUAUUACUUCUAUUCUCCUGUUGUGGGCUAGUAUAUAUACCUUUUAAGCACUGAGUAAGUAAUUUGUUUGCAUUUCCGAUACAGUAAACUCUGUGCAUUGAAACUGAACUUACCUGUCUCUCUUUGAUGAUCAAAUUAUUCAACAGAGCAGGGGGAGCCAACAUGGGUCACUUCAGAGGUUAAAGGACUCCUGUAAUUCCUGACCAUUAGUCAUGCAGACUGGGAACUGAUGGGAGUCCGAUAAGCUCUGGAGGGCACCAGGUUGACUACCCCUACAACAGAGCUUAACUUUGACCAAGAGUGGGAAAGAGGGAGGGUAAGAAUGACAUAAAAGAUCGUCUGUAACACUUACUGCUCAAACAAUGCUUAACUCUUGCUAUCCCACUUUCUUUUUGUAUAGUUAAUGAAAUGUUCAUCUUUGAUUUAAUAAACCAGUUGGAACACAA